GUCCCGCGGAGGGGUUGGAUGAAGGUGCCCGCGCAUGCGCUCCCCGGGUCGGCGGGGAGUGAUGGCGGCGCCCGAGCUGCCCACGCCGCGUUACGAGCAUCUGGGGCCGCAGGGCCCGUUCCGGGAUGUGUACGAGCCGGCCGAGGACACCUUCCUGCUGCUGGACGCUCUGGAGAGGGACGCGGCCGGGCUGAGGGAGGCUCGAGUUGAGGUCUGCCUUGAAAUAGGAUCUGGAUCUGGUGUGGUUUCAACAUUUUUAGCUUCUUCCAUUAUCGGGUCCAGUGCGGUGUACAUAUGUACAGAUAUCAACCCGAUGGCAGCUUACUGUACACUGGAGACAGCUCUGCUUAAUAAUGUUCACCUUCAGCCAGUCAUUACUGACUUGGUCAAAGGACUGACUCCAAGAUUAAAUGGAAAGGUUGAUCUGCUGCUCUUUAAUCCACCGUAUGUGGUAACACCUUCUGAAGAGGUGGAAAGCCACGGAAUAGAGGCAUCCUGGGCUGGUGGCAAAAAUGGUAGAGAAGUAAUGGAUAGAGUUUUUCCAUUGGUACCAGACCUACUUUCACCAGGAGGAUUAUUCUACUUGGUCACAAUUAAAGAAAAUAAUCCAGAUGAAAUUCUGGAAAUUAUGAAGAAAUAUGGCUUAGAAGGUACACAAGUACUUUCCAGGCAAGCAGGAGAAGAGAUGCUUACUAUCCUCAAAUUUAGGAAGUCUUGAGAACAACUCCUAAUCUUCCACGUACAUGCAGAAAGUUGCACACAGAAUACUGAAGUUAAAUCAGCCUUUAAACCAAGAUUUUCACCCUCUCGAGGUGCAUCCUCACUUCCUGAUUACUAUAGUGGAACUGACCAAAACUGUAUACUUAUUUAUAUUCCAAAUCUUAACCAGCUAUAAACUCUUGUCAGAGGUACAGUAGUCCUCUGGCUGUCUGCAGGAGGAAGUACUUGCGACACCCCACAUUUGCACUUAAGCAAUGAAGUAUAUACAAAUGUACUUGUAUAAUUGCCAUUAUGGAUUAAUAUAAUAAAGUUUGAUGUAAUUCUUCAUGUUUUAA